GAUUACCACAUUAUUACUGCUAGGCUAGCUAGUAGUAUAUCACAAAAAACAGUCAGUCCCUUUGAAACUACAAAACGUUUGUUUGUUGUUGUUUCUUAGCUAUUAAUUAAGCAAGCGGAGGAAAGCUGUAAGCAGUAUGUUAGAUGCGACUGUACACCAUAUGUGACAGCUGCUCGUGUUAACACCGACCAAGCGAAUAAUGCGGCAGAGUUUCAGCUCUGUCUUAUGAACGAGCCGGUGAUUUCCCGGUAAGCAGCUUCCCCGCAGCUGAGCCUCGCGGUUCAUACAAACCGUUUCGUUUCGUCUUUAAACAGAUGAUGUUGGAAUGACGUGGGUUGACGCGUUGACUCAAGGAGCGUUUCCUGAAUGACUGCGUUUAUGACUCACUAGAUUAACACUUCUCUUUCUGUGUUCAUAUGGUAUUUUCUGCCUUUUUAAGAGAUCGAUAAUCUUUUCGAUAAUCGGUUUUAUAUGGUUAUUUUAACGGAUAUCUACGUUUCAUCGGCUGCCAGUAUCACCGGAUCUCGCUUCAUCGGUUAUUAUUAGUAUAUAUUGCUAUUUUUAUACAGUCUAUGAUAUAUUGACUAUACCCUGAUGGCACCAUCUGUUGAAAAUAAGGCAAAACAGCAAGGCGAGGAGAAGAUGCCUCAACCCAAGGUGAAGCUGGUGGUGACCGGAGAUGAUUUUGGGUACUGCGAGAGAAGAAAUCAGGGGAUUGUGGAUUGCUUCAAAGCUGGCGGGAUCUCCAAUGUCUCUCUUCUGGUCAAUGCAGUCUCAGCGGAGCACGCGGCAGAGCUGGCUAAAAGGAAUCACAUCCCCAUUGGACUCCAUGCAAAUCUUUCAGAGGGUCUUCCAGUGUCUCAGGAUCUAAGGGGCUCAACGCUCCUCAACAAGGAGGGAUUCUUCCAUGGCAAGAUGGGCUUCCGGGAAGUUUUGCAGUGUGGUCAGCUCAAGAUGUCAGAGGUGGAGGCGGAGCUCAGAGCCCAGGUAAAUCGAUUCUGUGAACUUGUUGGCCAGGUACCCUACCAUAUGGAUGGCCACCAGCAUGUGCACGUGCUGCCAGAGGUGCGAGAGGUGUUUGCCCAAGUUCUCUCUGAUUUUGGGAUCACCUACACACGGGUCCCCAUAGAACCCGGUCUUAAAUUUGGCACCUUCCUCCCGUCCCAUCUGCGAGUAUUCAAUGCACAGGUUGAAAAAGAUGCCCUUGAAUCUAUCGAGGUCUUUCAUCGCUAUGGAAUUAGAUGGCCUGACAUAUACCUGGGCCUGAGCACCAUGGGUAAGAACAUGUCUGUCCCCAACCUGAAAUGUGCUUUGGGCUUCACACUGGAAGCUUCACUAGAAGACGCUGUGAACUCCCCAUUGAUACAGUGCAAUGAUGCCGCGACUGACUCCUAUCGUCCGGUUACAGCAGAGCUUAUGGUGCAUCCAGGAUAUCCAAGUCAACCUCACCAGGGCGGAUGUGGAGAAGGACCGGAUGACUUCUCACAGUCCGCAGACCGACUACACGAGCUUAAUACUUUGAGGGACCCUUUUGUGCUUAACUACUACAGGCAACGGGGGAUCCACCUCUGUGCCUUUAAAGACUUUUAAACCCUUAGCUCAGAGUAUUUAAGGUUUGGCAAACUGAAUGUCUUCUGCUUUGAGGAAAUAAGAUCUUGACCCAUACCUCAAUUAGUCAUAUCAGUGCUUGGUUUGGGAAAGGCAGAAAAUCAGCAUUCAGAGCCCAUACAAAAUGUAUUUAGAAGCUGCUACUUCAAGUAGAGCUAAAACAACUGAAUUAUACUAAUUAUUCAACAGAAACACAAGAUACUAUUAGAUUGGCCUGUUUUUAAAUUGCUCAACUAGACUUUUUUUCUUUUUUUUUUUAAAGCAGCUAGCCAUUUCAACAUAGAGAGCUGUGUCCUUAUAAUUGGAAAGUGAGAUUUUAUCUGUAUUUGUUUCUAAAAAUGUUGCCUCAUUUAAGCAAGUUUCUCUCAAAGCCAUAUAUUAAUAUUGCAGAGAACUGUAAAAUCCAACAACAAUGCCAAAUUUAUGACUUUAACGUACUAGAUGAAGAUUUUAACUCCACUGAACAUGUAGCAAUUACUUUAUAUAUUUAAAAAUCAAAGGUAUUUUUGGGUACAGUGUUUUUAAUGAAUGUAUUUAUGAUAUUUUUAUGAACCUGAACUCUGGAUUUCUUUCUGAAAUAUAAAAAUAGCUUUGGAACAAGUA